GCCAUUCAUGCGAUCCCUGCGCUGCAGCAGAGCUUUGAAGACAGCACCGGAGGACCAGGAGGCUGCUGAGCCAGAAUGGGAUGCUGCAGCCUGAGCGCCAGGCAUGCUGGGUCUGCAGGAGGAAGCCAGGAUGAGGUGGAACUGCUGAAGACAGGCAGGACCAGAAAAUGGUCCAUUUCAGACGCCCAGAGUGAGGGAUCCCUCCAACCUAAGGACCCUGCAAUUCCCACCGAGACAGAAGGGGCAGAAGCACUGUGGGGAAGAACACAGGAAGAACUGCUGAACUUGCUGAUCGCUCAGCCCAUCGCUGGCUGGGAAGGGAGGAACAUCCUUUCCCUUGGGGAGAUCAUUUGGUCCUCCUGGGUUUUUCUGAGGAGUUAUCACAUGGAGGAGAUGUCUGAACGCUACCUUGUGCUGACCUCCUUCCACUUGCUGAUUCUUUCUGUGGAUCACACAAAGAAGGCAUUUGUUUACGAGGGUCUCGUUCCUCUUGCUGGGAUGCACCUGAGGGAGGUUCUGACUGCCAUCAGCUGCACAUUUGAAAUUACUGGGCCCAUGAUAGAGUCCCGGCUCAUUUGCUGUCAGAACUCAGCUGACUUUGAAAGAUGGAUUCAGCACCUCCAGGACCAAAUCAAGAUGGCAAAUGCUAACUACUCAACCAGUCCCACCAGUAAUAUCUCUUUCCUGGUGCCGUGUGAUGAGCAGUGGAAGAAAAGGGAGCUGAUGAGACAUCUCCUGUGUAACACCAUUCUGAAAUGGGAAGGAAAACCAAUUCAGCACCUGGGAAAGAUUCAGUAUCUGACCAUGGUGCAAACGGCUACUGGCUGCACGGGGGACCCUAAGGAAAGGCUGCUGAUCCUGUUCCCAGAAGACCUGCUUUUCCUCUCUGUGGAUGAGGAGAGAACCACAGUCACAUAUGAGGGAAAACUCCCCUUGGCUGGAAUCCAGGCAAAGGAGAAAUCCACUGUGCUGGGGAGGUUACAGCUUGAAAUCACAGGAAGCCUGACAGAACCAAUCCUUAUCAAUUGUUCCACAGCAGAAGAUUAUGAAAAAUUACUCUUCCACCUACAGAAGCCAGAGAAAAACCCGGAUACUGUGACACUCCAACCACCACCAAUCAUCCCUAAGAAAUCCUGGCAAUAUCAUCAGGACGUCGGCAUACACUGACAAGAAGAGGGUACAUGACUGUGAUCCCAAUAGACAGUGAAGCAGCUGCAAAAAUGAAUGAGAGAGGAUUAGAAACUGGAAACCAAGCUUCUUUCAGACUGCGAGGUGAAUAAGGACCUGCAGAUUAAUUAUUCUGCACUGGCUGCUGUUUUGAAUGAGCCAUUGCAAUUGAUGUAGGACCCUGUGAUGCUGACCUCAGCUGUACAUAUGCCUCAGUGAGAAACCUUACUCAAUUUACUUGCUGUAUUUAUUGCUGAUCCUUUUCAGAAAAAAAAAGAAAAAAGAAAAAAAAAACAUUGUAAAAUACUCUGUAAGUAAUACAAGUGAAACCAUUAACCUGUGCUUAAACCAUGCAUAGAAAGCAGCAUUCACACCUAACAGCUUUCCAGCCUCAUUCAGGUAGCCAUUGCUUUGAAAAGCCAUCUGUUUUCUAGAAUGGCAGCACAGAGCAAUACUCUGCGGUGAAUAAUCCCUUUCCAAUUGUUUUUCUUCCUUACCCAAACCAAGGACAUGUCCCCAUAGUCUCCUUACUGCCUUCUCCCUUCCAGGACAAGCAACCCAAACACUGCCAGGUCAAAUUAAAUCUAUUCAUUUUGAUGCUUUCACAAUAUUUCAUUUGGAUUUUGAACACCUUCAGAGUCAACUUUACACUCUUUGUCAACGUGGCAGUGAAAAUGAAGCAUUGCUGCAAACCGGAAUAAUUAAGCAUUUCAUUUCAUACACGUGUUCUCAGCUACCUGCAGGCUAAUCAUCCAGGUGAUGCCUGCAAAGUCACCUGAAAAGGCUUUGCACGGUCUCAUGGUCCCUAUUUUAUCCCAGCUUUCCAUCUGUGCAGCCUACAUUGGCCAACUGUAAAUCAAGAAAAUGGAAAGCUGGGUAUGCUGUAAAACCAGAUGUACCAACAGUUCUGGAAGAACAAAGAAAAGAGCGUCCACAAGCAAAGCAAAUUAUGCCUCUUUCUCAUCAGCUUUCCCAACUUCUGCCAUGUUGGACUGAACCUGGGGAAAAAAAAUAAAAUAAAAAGUUAUUCAGAAAAAA